AUGGUAAUGGCCGAGCCUCGGCGGCCCCCCCCGCUGCUGCCCCGCGGGCCCGGGCCCGUCCGCGUCGGCUUCUACGACAUUGAGGGCACGUUGGGCAAGGGUAACUUCGCCGUGGUCAAGCUGGCGCGGCACCGCAUCACGCGCAGCGAGGUGGCAAUAAAAAUCAUUGACAAAUCUCAGCUGGAUGUUGUGAAUCUCGAAAAGAUCUACCGUGAGGUGCAGAUAAUGAAGAUGUUGGAUCACCCACACAUCAUAAAGCUCUACCAGGUGAUGGAGACCAAAAACAUGCUGUACCUCGUGACAGAAUUUGCCAAAAAUGGAGAAAUUUUUGAUUACCUCGCCAGCCAUGGCCGACUCAGUGAGUCUGAGGCCAGGCGGAAGUUCUGGCAGAUCCUCUCAGCAGUGGAGUAUUGCCACAACCGGAAGGUUGUGCACCGAGACCUGAAGGCUGAAAAUCUUCUGCUUGACAACAACAUGAACAUCAAAAUAGCAGAUUUUGGAUUUGGAAAUUUCUACAAGAGUGGUGAGCCUCUGACGACGUGGUGUGGAAGCCCACCAUAUGCAGCUCCAGAGGUCUUUGAAGGACAGCAAUAUGAAGGACCCCAGCUGGAUAUCUGGAGCAUGGGUGUGGUUCUUUAUGUUUUGGUCUGUGGAGCAUUACCUUUUGAUGGGCCAACGCUCCCCAUACUGAGGCAGCGAGUUCUGGAAGGAAGGUUCAGGAUACCUUACUUUAUGUCAGAAGAUUGUGAGCAUCUGAUUAGAAGAAUGCUGGUCCUAGACCCAUCCAAACGGUUAACGAUUGCUCAGAUUAAGGAACACAAGUGGAUGCUGAUAGAAGUUCCUGCCCAGAGAACUGUUCUUUAUGCCCCAGAACAGGAGAACCAGCCUUCCAUUGGAGAGUAUAACGAACAGGUUCUCCGGCUAAUGCACAGCCUUGGAAUAGACCAACAGAAGACUAUAGAGUCACUGCAGAACAAGAGUUAUAACCACUUUGCUGCUAUCUAUUACUUGUUAGUGGAAAGACUCAAAUCGCAUCGAAGCAGCUUCCCUGUAGAGCAGAGAUUUGAUGCUCGCCAGCGCCGCCCAAGCACCAUUGCUGAGCAGACAGUAGCCAAGGCACAAGCUGUGGUGCCAUCAGUGAACUUGUGCUCAGAAAACACCAGGCUGCUACGGUCCCCAGGACUUCCCUCCACCUCAGGAGCAGAGGUCUUUUCAUUCCCUCCGUCCAACCGCCAAACAGAGACGGCAUUUAUGGAAGAAGAAAGAGUCAACACACCAAAGGUAAAUGGCUGCCUGCUAGAUCCCGUGCCUCCCAUGAUGAUUCGAAAGGGAUGCCAGUCACUGCCAACUAGCAUGAUGGAAACCUCAAUCGACGAAGGAAUAGAGACGGAAGGCGAGGCAGAGGAUGACCCUGCGCAGGCAUUUGCAGCCCUGCAGGCAGCUCGCAGUGGGAAGCGGCGUCACACCCUGGCUGAAGUCACCGACCAACUAGUGGUGGUGCCAGGCACAGGCAAGGUCUACUCUUUGGAUGAGAACUCCUCUCUGGGCAGCAGCAUAGAGUCAGAGUACAACAUGGGGUCACUGCAGAGGAAUGUGGGCCUGCUAGGCGAUGCCCCUCCGCUGAAGGAUGUGGUGCCACUGGCAGCACCGUUCCUGGGGCUGCGGCCGACCAACCCCGCCAUGCAGGCUCUUGCAUCCCAGAAGCGUGAGACUCACAACCGCUCCCCUGUCAGCUUCCGGGAGGGGCGCAGAGCAUCAGACACUUCCCUCACACAAGGUAUUGUAGCAUUCAGACAGCACCUCCAGAAUCUGGCACGAACCAAAGGAAUCUUGGAGCUGAACAAAGUCCAGCUACUGUACGAGCAAAUGAGAUCAGAAGAAGAACCCCUUCUGCCAUCAGCUGCCCCCCAGCUUCAGGACCUUGCUACCAGCUCUGCACAGGUCGCAGGAAAUAGGAAUGUGAAAUCUCUGUCAGACUCUGUGAAUGAAACGGGCCAGCAGCACACAUGCACUGCAAGCACCCAUGCUCCAGGAAGAAAGACCUCAGCAGCAGGAGGCUGCGGCCACUUUCCCCAGUGGUGCACAUACCCCAGUGUUAUCCCGACGGCAGAGCUUAGAGACACAGUACUUGCAGCACAGGCUCCAGAAACCCACCCUACUAUCAAAAGUUCCAAACACUUGCCAGCUGUUCUGCAAAGAAUUGCCCCGGAGUCUGGAACAGCAGUUACAGGAGCACAGGAAUGCUGUGUGAAUGAAGAAUAAAGAAUCAGGCAGUCGAUGGGACACUGAAGUCUUUUCCAGAGACCGGAAAGAUUGAUGCCUCAAGAUUCUUACAGUACUUCGUACUUUCACUAGCAGAAGACUUGUUCAAAAUGACUUUAAGGUGAAAUGACAAAACAAGGGAAAGUUGGCAGAAGUUAUCCUUCUGUGGAAUCAGAAGCAAGAUUUGCACUUGGCCCAAAAUUGUCCAGUUAAUUUGAAAACUCCUAUUUCCUGCUCUUCCCUUUCUCUGCACUGACAGUAAGACUGAACUGGCCCAUUAAAGACCUAAGAAAAGAAGCCCCACUCUGAGAAUUCAACAAGUUACAACAAUUUACAAAUUACAUCCCAUUCACUGCUUUCCUUGAAACCUUUUACCCUGAGCCGGUAUAAAAGGCUUACUUUGAGCCUAAGACAAGCUAGGACCUUCCUCUUACAGGAGAAGCUUCAUCUUUCUACAACUAUAAGCAGCAACAAUGAAAAAUUAAGAUUAUUCCUCUGCUUGAAGCCCUACACCACUGUCCUGUUGAGGAUGAAAAACUAAAGAAGGAACCUCAGCAGUUCUCUUAUAAUUUAAGCUGAAAGCUUAUGUCUACAGAAAAAUUGGGCAACUCCAAAGAGAGACUCUGUGGGAAAGCACAAUGCCAUGCUCCAAGGAAAGGGAGAGCUGGAAACAAGAUCAGGUAAGGAAAGCAUUAUAUCUCAGCUUCUUCCACAGAGCUGCAACAACAGGUAUAUUACAGGAUAGGUCACAGAAGUGCACAUGUGAAAACAUCCCAAGAUUUCUUUCCUUGACAUCUCUAACGUAACUCCUGUGACUUCAAGGGUUUCUUCAAUAGCAAGAAAUGUGUGAUGCUCAGAGACCAAAAGAAAAAUCAGCAUAAAAUCCAGCAAGUUCAUCUGGCCUACCACACUGAAACUCUGCUGUCCCUAUUGCAUUUGCUCAGUGACCUCAGCUACAACUGGUCAUAAACAGCUGCACCUGAAUACAGCACUUUGGGUGACACACUGUAACACAAAACACUCAGCAACAGAUCUAGGAGGUCAGUACUGUUAAAAACUGAACAACUGACUGAUCACAUUCCACAUUCCUGUGAAUCAGAAGUGUCAAGAAGCCUCAAGACUGUGAGCUCAGACUACAAGAAAUGCUUAUGUGCCAUAAGCAUACACCAAGCUCAACAGGACCAAUGCAUCUGCUGUGUCUGCUUUCCCACAUACUCUGCUCCUCUGCUGCCUCUUGAGCCUCCUGAUGCAGUUUGAUGUGAUGACCCCAGCAAAAGGGAUGCAGGUGCUUUGCCUGCAUGCCCUGCUUACCCCUGACCAUCAGUUGGCAACAGGAAGGUGCUCAAGCUGCACAGCCUGGAGCUGUUCAUCCUCUAGCAACACUGCAGAUAGGCUACAUAUGGGACAGGAAGAAAGGAACAUUUCUUCCCAUACAUAUUUGCUAUUAGCAGUCAAAGCAAAACUAGAGAAGGUCACACCUCAAAGGGUUGCCUCAGCUAACCUUACAAGCUGUCUGGAAGACACUCACCCUAAAAUGUAAAGGUUAAGCCCUUCUUACCCCAGUGGAGAUGGGAAGAAGCCCUCCCCUCUGGACUAAGUUCCAGCCUGCAGGCAGGGUCACAUCUUUAAGCCCCUUGCAUAGUGUUCCCUACUGACUGCAGGCCAGCAGUACAUUCCAUUUCGUGCAGCGUGGCUGAGGUUAUGCAGAUGUAUCAGCAGGCAGGGCUGUCAUGGGAACACAGCCACACUGGGCAGCAGCUGACUGUCAGCACCAUAUGUGCAUGGGGCAAAAGCAGACACAUACACAUCACUUCUGCUAUAUUGGCUUUCGCAAUCUGAAUUGCAAGGAAACUUAGUCUAAAUUUGGUGCGUGAUUUCUGUGAGUGCAAGCUUCAUCCUCUGCUUACUUUCCACCAGUGUCCUGAACACAUCCUAUACAAGCCUCAGAAAACUCCAUCCCCAAGUCCUUCAGUACAGAACAAAGCAAAGUAGCAGUGAGGGACGUUAGCUGAAGGAAGAGUGGAGAGAAAGCCUAGGGAAGAACUGGUGCAGAACAUGCUGGAGUCCUCAGAAGCAGAGAGUUGAAACAAAGAGGCACAGCAGGCCAAUAAGCAGAUUUCCCCAGUUCUGAAGCCGGGAACGCAAGGUGAGAUGGGAUUUGCCAGUGUAUUUCGGUAUUGCUACAUAGGGGUGAUUGAAUGCAAUACUAUGUGACAAGCAGGAAGCAGAACAAAAUUAGUAUCCGUGUAUUUGCUAAUGAGGGAGUACAGUAUAACUGCUUGAUCACUGGUAAGAAUCCCCUACACAAGAAAAUGAGCUUCAAAACAGGAUCAAUUAUUUUUCCCCCAUAAAUCAGGGUGUGUAACUGGCCGAUGCCACAGAUUCUAUAGUCCUGACCCCAGUGAGGACAACACAGAGGGAACAUUGCCAAGCGGGUCAGCCUGGCAGAGAGGGCUGUCCACUGGGACAACAAAAGGCUGACAUCUCUCCUGACUCAGCUUAUUUUCUGACAAGAAUGUCAGAUUGCAUGUCUGAAAGGGAGGUGAUAUGUCAGGAAACUCACAUUAAAUAUGAUGAAAAGAAAUUACUAAUUGGGUAAAUCUUACAGAGAAUCAGCUGCGAAUUAGGAACAGAAAACCUCAAAGGAAUAAGAAUUGGGAAGCAGAACAGAGAAAUGAGGCAGAUUCAGCCACUAGAGGAGCAGCCAACAGGGGCACAAAGAGCAAAUAGUAUUGGCAUGUGUUUUAGCACAGCAGAGACAUUGGGAACAAGGCAGAAAGGAAAAGGAAGACUGAUAAACUGAUAUUGAAACAUUUUACCUGGUAUCUGGAAGAAGAUAAAAGCUAAACAAUAACAUGGGACAGCACAGAAAUGAGUGUCAGGAAACUAGAUCCAAAGCUGAGAAGUGCACACAAAGACGCAGAGCAGCCCCCUCCCCUCACUGCCAACAGCCAUGCAUGCUCACACCAGGUACAUAGACAAAGCUGGCCUCAGCAAGGAACACAGCCCCAGGAGCCACACAGCCCACCAGCAUGGAGUGUGGGAAGCAGAGGACUACUGUGUGUUUGAAAUGACACUCCAAAAACAUCAUUAACAGGCCUACCUCAGACCGAAGCAUACAACAAUGGCACCACAUGACAAUACUGGAGUGCCUAAAAUACUCUGGCUGAGCCCAACCUGCAAAAUCACACCACUAGACACCUAUUUGCCUUUGUUCUUAGGCAAGCAUUGGUAUUAGUAAAGGCCGUGUAGAGAAAACAAGACUCAAAAACUAGACCUCAUCUUUCCAGCUCAUUUCAGGAAUUACUGUCUGCCCAUUUUUUCAGGUCUUUCCAGCAAGGAUCCCAAACAGUAUCCCUGCUGGGAAAACUCCAUUUCCUAUAUAGCUGCCACUCAGCAUUAGGAAGGGGUAUAAAAAUGUUUUUAUAAGAGAUCUCUGUACUCAGAAAGAUACUUUAAUGGAGAAAUUUUCUGCAAGGAAAACGUAAAGGAAAACCAUAAUACGGUUUUAGGUAACAGUACUUACUGAACUGACUUAUCAAAACACUACCACCUUUAUUUUCUGAUAAGAAGUCAUGUGGUGUUGAUUUACAGAAUAGAAACAAAAUGAGUUACAUUUUGGAAAGCUAAUAUGAGAUUUGGUCCCAAUGGACAAAUGGACAUUUACUUAACUGAGAAUUAUAUGCUGAUCUCUGGAAAGGUUGGGUGCUCUUGGGAAGAUCAUGAGCCCUCUGCAGCCCGCCUCCCUGUAAGCUGGGAGCUGAGAGCAUGCAGCUGCUGACAUCAAUAGGGUAAAUAACACCAUGUACCAAAAUCACCUGGGUAUACAUUACCCUUUCAACUGAGCCUGCUGAGAGCUGUGCUGCAGUGCUCUCAGGAAAGCCCAGGUGUCUGCUUGCAUGGAAAAUACUGCACCAGAUCCAACACAUGUUCUCUAAAGCCUCCACUCCCUUAAAAAACUAAGUAAUUUCAGCUUCUCAGAUUGUUUUGUUGUUUUUUUUUUGUUUGUUUGUUUUUAAAAGUACAGUAUAGCAGCAUACAGCUUAUUUGCUGAGUGGGUACUGUGACACGUGUGCCAAACGGCAAAAGCCCCAGCAGUCAGGAGGUUGCCUGCCCCAUUCCAGCAUGGGCUGUUCUGCUUGCAGUUAACAGUUUGUGCAUCAAUCACUCGGCAAGGCCACGUGCUGCUGCUCUGCACAGAGCUGAGAGCUUCUGCAGAACUGAGCAGGGCUCAGGGUAAACGCUACAGGGCUGGCAGCAAGCGGCGUGCCCAGCUCUGAGCAUAUCAGUUGCUGGGUGUAGGGGUCUGCACUUUGCCCACAGUGUACAGAACCUGGCUUUAACCUCCCCGAUAGCAUUGUGCUAUGAGCAAAGCAGGAGGACAUUAAUGAUAAUGCUGCUAAUUAGUGGCCGAGCCCUAUUAGCAUCAUGGUAGCUGCACAAAGGGCUGUUGGAGAGAUUGAUGAGUUACGGCCAGGGAUCAGGGAGCUGACAUGAGCUGGGAGCAUGGCCAUACUCUGCUCCCUGUGCAAGACAAUCCCUGGGGCCGUUGCCAUGCCAACACAUCUGCCCAGGCCACACUGCCUAUAGGAAGCCGAGGGUAAUUUAGCACAGAGCCAAGGAAGGUUCUGAAGCACUUUCCAGGCACUGAGCAAACUUUCUCAGGAAGGCAGAGAGAGCUCCCAGAGCUCCUGAUGGGGACAGACCAGCACAUCCCCCUUUGCUGCCAAGAGCACUGGCAUCAGCCCCACAGGCCUGGCCCAGUGGGGCCACUAGGCUGGAGACGACUCCAACACCUCUGGUUGUCAUACACUCACUCUGGUGCCAAGCUGCAGUUCAAUACACAAGGCCCUGACCUCCUCCCAGAGCCACCGUGAGCUGACCUUCGGUCCUUCUGGUUAACCUUGGUCCUUAACCUCAAGCCCCACAGACAUACUUGUGGGCCCCAGCACUUCACCUUGCCCUAUUGAUGUUUAUUCAAAGUAAUCACAUAUUUGAAAACAUGCCAAAGCUCUGACUCAGCACUGCCUGCCUAGAGAUCAGAUGUGUGUCAGCUCCUCAGGAAAGUGUAUCCCAAACAGUUGACAACAGGCUGCUGCAUUUAGUGCUCCUUGCAGGAUGGAUGCUGAGAGCCAGCACCCUGACAGCCCCUCACUGAUGAUCAGCAGUCCCAGCACCUGCCAUAGAACAGAGAAAGCACCCACAAGGCUCCCACAGUACAGACAAUAGGCAGCUAAGGUGCAUCACCCCCAACUUGUAGCUGGGGGCUGAGACUUGAAUACUAAAAAGCACACAGGGCACAAAAUCCCCAUGCAUUUUUGCUAUAUUUUGAAUAUGUUGCAUAGAGCCCUAGCAUGAAAUACCCAGAUUUUUGUCUUUCCCUGGAGUACUUGUCCCAGAAUACCAGUCUUUAAAAGGACUGACUUUUACAUCAACAGUUUCUUAGAAGCCAAAAGAGCAAUUUUUUUUUCCCCCUUCAAAAUAAUUAACUGUAAAUCACCUAAAAAUAAGCCUAGAAAAACUCAAGAGAAAGCAGCUUCUGGCAGCUUUAUUGCAUCUCUGCAUGGCUCACUAUUCCCAUCUGGUCACUGGGGAUGAGGGAAACCCACAUUAUGAGCAGACAGACCUCCUGCACCACACAGAGCUCAGAUAACCAGCUACAGAGCAGAUCCCAGGUCAGCUGGCCUGUACUUAGCAGCUGCUUUUCACAGCAUCCCUCACUUCUGAAAUUAAAUCACGCACCUGAACAAGGGCAUCCUAUCACUGCUCAACCUUCAGGGGGCAAUUGUUGCCUGACCACAGGAUUCCAGAAACCACAUGUUAGGACAGAGCUAGCAGGUCUUCACAACGCCCAACAAAAAGGGUUUCCUAAGGAGGGUGCAGAAGCACAGCACCAGGCCCAGGCUGGGGCUCCAGGAGCCACGUGUGCAGCGCAGCCACUGCUGUCUCUCCAAGCACAGGGUGUUGCCUUCACAGGCACUGUUCCUAUGCAAAGGCUUUCCCAAAGCCAGCAAACGCUCUGGGACCUGGGUUGUGUUGGAAUUCACCCAGCAAUAGUGAAUAGCGCGGAACACAGUUCUCCAGCUCUCACAAAACAGUGUUUUUUUCAGGAGCGAAGGCAGCAGGUGAGGUAUUGAUGAACCAGCACCAAUUCAGGCGCACCUAAACAGAAAGAAAAGCAGGCACAACAUUUCUUAAGAGGGGAGGCAGCUGAUGCCAGCAGCAUCUGACCUCCAUCAGCCAACAGGCAGCUCAGGCACUGAGGACCAGCUGCUGCACUUGGUGUUCUGUACUGCCCUUCUCCCUGCUUCUAAAGUAGGCCUCAGCCUGUCAUAGUUUCAUGGUUUGUCAUCAGUAUUCCACAUCAUAACAUCAUGCAAUGCACGUGAAGUUACAGGGUUAAUGCUGCAGUUCUGUGGACUGUUCAUAUUUGUCAUGAACCAGGCCAAACCAUGACACAACCUGACAGUAGGCAGAGCUGAAACAUCUGCUUGAAGGGAUCUGUCCUGUCAGAGGGGAUUUAGAAGACUGUACCUAUGCGGUUUGCUGCCUGUAAACAUAGAGAGGUAAUUCUGUUUACUCAGAAAGGUGAAAGUGUUGCUUUAAAACAAAGUAACACUCCCUUCUGUAACAAAAGAAAACAUCCAAAAACUCAACUCUAACUUCAAGGGGUUUUAAAAAUCUAGGCAGAAAACCAGAUCACAAAGAAAAAAAAUCAUUGUUGGCAGAAAACUUGCCAGUCUCAAAAUGUAUUCCCAAGUUCACAUCAAAAUACCCAACAAGCAACUCUGUGGGUGAGGCCAGCAGAUUUCCAGGCCACCAGUGCUGCGCAGCAGUCUGAUGCAGUUACAUGUUUCUGAGGGUUUCCCUGGAGAAGGUGCACCAAUUCUCCCACUUAAUCAAGAAGCACGGGUAGUGUCAGAUGAGGGCAAGGAGACUUGUGUGCUGACACAGCUCUGAAGCAGUGAUCCUGAGCUGCAGGCCAGGUGGAAGAACUUGUCAGUUCCCAGCAGAACGCGCUGGUGGGUGCAUCAGGAAUUGCCAGAAGCUGCUGUACCCAAUACUGAAGGGCUCACUUGGGAAUUGCCUUGUGACUCCAGCUUCAUACAGGCCCUUGGCUUGCUAUACCUGUUUCCUCUCUGUAAUAGUCUAUAAGCACUGUCCUGCUUGCAGGGGAGUUGCAGGAGUCAACACUCAGGCAACUGAAAAGGAGAAGUUCUCCAGACUCCAGUAUCCCAAAUGUAUGGCUUAAAAGGCUCAAACUUCCCAGCCUUGGAAAGCAAGUUUCCUUCUGGCUUUGCCCCAGGCAGAGAAAAGUUUUAAAUUUCUCAGUCAUCAUUAAUUUCAUCUUAAAACAUUGUUUGCAGGAAACAUCCAUUCUCAUGACACAGUUUGCUUUAACAGCAGAUCCUUCACCCAGCGUUUGUUCAGUGAAUGAUGUCAGUGCCCAUCAGCACAGCCAACUGCAUGCAGACGUGGCAGCCGCUAACAAACACGCCUCAUUUCCUCUCUUUGCUGAGCAAUGCAUACCUACUUUACUACCCAGGUAACAAAUCAGCUAGUUACUAAUAAGAAUUUUCACCUAAGCUAAAUGAUCAUGGGGGCUGAAACAUACCCUCUUAGAGGCAGAAAAAAAGCUCAGGCCCUCAAGCAGCAGAGUUCUGACUCCACUAUGAGGUCAGGCCAAAGCUCUCAUUUCAGUUUUCAAGGAUGUCAGACUGUCUUUACAGAAGGACAGGGUCUGAAAAUGGAGCUGUUCAAGAAUGCCUGCCAUUUUGUCCAAAGGUUCAGGUCAGCAUCUCCUUUCACACACACGCUGCAGACUGUGGGAUAGAGACAGUUUUCCAUCAGGCAUGGCUCACAAUUGGGCUCACUCCUCUCUUCCCCUGCCUUUUCUGUUCAGACAAUACUACACACAGGAGCUGGCUUUUACCUACAUAACUUUCUUAAUAGAAGUGUCCUUCAAAGCAUGUAGAAAUCACAGCAGAGAUAGGGUUGCUCUCCCUUGCACUUGCGCAAAAAGCCAAUGUAAACAAACACAAUGGUGGGAGACUGACACAAGCCUGGCACAUGGAAAACCUGCAGAUACCUUUCCCAGGCUAGGAUUUUCUUCAGAGAAAUUCUUUUCUCCCUGAGAGAAUGCAAAACCUGAGCAUUUGCUCAACAAGUCUUAUUGCCAUAACAGUAGUAAAACAACUAUCUGAAGUGCUCUGCUCACUACUGUGAACUGAGCAGCUCAUCACCUUCAAGACACUGCCCAUUAUCUUCUGCAUUUGGAACCUAUGUCUGAGAAAAGCCUUCAUGUUCUCUGACCAGACAUUUGUGGAGGAGCUCUCUGCAAAGCAAAGGUCUGUGAGACAUGGGCCGCAGCACACAGAUGUACAGGUGCCCAACCUGAAACACACAGCACAACUUCCUCUCCCUCACCUCCUCCCUGCUCCAGGGAUGCAGCAGUUUGCAAAGUUGUGGGGUGAAAAGCAUGAUACCUCCACCAAGCACUGUGUUGCAGCAGUCUCUGCUGCCUGGCUUGGCAUGCAUCAUCUGUUCUGCCAGGCCCUGCUGGAGGAAACAGAGGCAAUGCAGGGCUGCACAGCAGCAAGAAAAGCUUUUCAGAGUUUAAAUCCUACACCAGCACUCCCACAGCUCUGGGAGUAACAUCCGCUGGAGCAGAGCUUGCUAUUUCUUUAAUUGCUUUAAGAACACCCCUUUUGCCCUUCCUCCAAACUUCCAAGGCAUGUCAUGGCUGUUCUACACCAACCUGUACAUGCAGAAAACAACACAGGACAUAGUUUGAGCAGCUCUGGGGCUUCUCUGUACAGCAGAACACUUACUUGAGCAUAGAUAGGAAGGGGAGCUCUGGGUUCUGACAGAAAGCUGAAUCAAAGUCCCUGCACCAAUGGGUAACAUGAGGCUAUCUUUGCAAGGGAAGAUAAUGCACCCUGCUGCUACAGGUACUCACACCAGAUAACUGAAAGAAGCAGGAAGAGCAGCAAUACAGGGCGUGGGAAAGCUAAAGGGAUCUGUGCUGGGUACAGGUUUUGUGUGAAGAGAUGUUGCUUCAUUGGGAUGAGGACUGCUCACAGCCUUCAAUAAAACAGCAGUCCUAUUAAACCAGAUAUAUUCAUGCUGUGAGACAGCCUGGACAGUGCACUGCACUGCUGCAGAGUUACCAGAAGCUGGCAUUUCCGCCGACUUUGGGCAAGUCCUAGAUCUGUCCCUACCCAGCCAAGGGAGGCCAUCUCUGCUUUGGGGGCUUCCUCAGCGCCAAAGAGCAAAGUUGAGCAUGGAACAAGACCCAGUAUUCCUGCUGCAGCCUCCAAAGCAGCUGGUUUACAUACCAGCACACCACAGUGACUGUGGCAAGGGCUCAGCCCAGUCACUCAUUGCUUGUGCAGUGCUGUCCCCUUCCAAAAUAGCUGGCAUCUGCCACCCUGCUGACACUGGAGCAGAUGUUUGUUAGCAAAGCCAGAACUUGGGAGGUUGGAACAGGGAGGAUGAUGAGCUCAGGUAGAAAGAAGCAACAACAGCAGGGGCAAGCAGACUCUGGAAAAAGCAGAGAUCUUUUUCUUGCCAGCUUCCCCAGUGAAGAGCCAGAGAGAAAAUAAUGGAUAUUUAUAAGCAAACCUGUCUCUAAGGCAGCAGCUUCCGAAGCCUAAUAAUAGAGUUUGGACUUGUUUAUUGUGUGAUUCAGAUGGCACUGCAAAAAAUUGCUGGAAAGCUCCUGCCUGUCCCCAGAGCAUAUUCCUGAGAAACUGUGAGUCGAAAACAAUCUGAGUCCAUCUGCAGCGACUCCACGCCAGCAGAUUGCCAAUGGGUUCUGUCAGUGGCGGUGCAUCACAGCAGCAGACUUGCUGGAACAAACAGCACCAUGGAAAACAAGCAUGAGAGUCUGCUCCCAGCAUCCAUUCCCUGUCCUAAAGCAAAAGGGUAAGAAAUCAAGGAUCCUACAACUCUUGCUUUGACCCUUCAGUUUCUCACAUCUGCAGCAGUAGACAAAUUCAGAAACGCAUGGUCCAACGUGCUGUGACAUGCAGGCAAGAACUGCACCUGCUAAGCAGAGACGUAAUGUCAGAUGUGGAAAGCGACUUGCCCCAAAAAUCAAGGUGGAAACCCAAGUCUCUAGAUUGCCACUGUCGUGCCUUGACCGCUGGGCUAGGCUCAAACCAAACAUGAUGUAGAUAACUGCUCAUGAACUCAUCACAAAACCCACAUCCAUUGGGCCUGUUGUUGCUUCUUGUUCACUCAGACACGUUGAAAGUGCUGCUUCCCCAGACAAGAUGGAGGGGAGGACUAAAAACAGGAAAGGGCAAAGCAGCUUCCUGGUUUGAACCAGGGAGAAACAGCACUGGGCUUCGCAGCAUCUAGAUGGUGUGUUCUGAUGCAGAGGUAUGGCAACAACCAGAUCUCCACUAGCUAUUCCACUUAGUUACUUAUAAACUAAAACUAAUUAUUUUACUUAUUCAUAAAAUAAGUAAAUCAGCACUGAAGGGAAUGAGACUGUCACCUAUCAGACCAGGGUAAUGAUAUUCUAGCACAAGGUGACUGAAUCAUUACUCUUACACUAAGAAUGCACAUGAUAGAAAAACCAAGGAUGAGAACACAAGUGUUUGGAAUGGGCAGGCAGCUCAGUCUAAAAAGUUGGAAAAAUAUGUGCUCUUCAGCAGGGAGCUGUAACAUAUUUCCCCUUUUCUGUGCCAGAAUAGGGGUGCUCAGCCAAUAUAGAAUUAAAUGGACCUGGACAAAGCAGCUUCCUGAGGAGCAUAAUUAGCUGGUGGCUCGGAGUGCUCUCUAAUUCAAUUAGCAGCACCAUUUAUCAGAGCCAGCUGAGAUCUACAUUUGCACUUGUUGACGUCAAUGUGAGACUCACAGCAAGUCCCAGAAGCCUCCAGUUCAGUAGGAGUGAAUUGAACUGCUGGGGUCAUUUAUUUUCAAAGAACAAGAGCUGUAAGGUGUUUUGUUUUGUUUUUGUUUUUGUUUUUGUUUUUUUUUGUUUGUUUGUUUUUUAAAUGCUCCUUGCUUUGCAGUCUCCAAGCUGCAAGCCUGAAAUCUUUUGCAGCCCAGUUCAAAGCGAUGAUCUUCUGUUCUCUCCACCCUUUUACCCUUUUUAUUUUCAGUACUCUUACACUUCCUAGGCAACAGAGGGCACUUCCAGUUCAUCGUAGGGAAGCAGAUGCCAGAUUUAAGAACCAUGUCAUUCUACUGAGUUGGGAAGCUAUACUCAGAGACACACGCAGCCUGGCUCACUGCAUGAAGCUCCUGGUGCACUUUCACCACCUCUACCCACAGAGGUUUGUGCCACUCUCUGGGAAGACCUCUCCCCACAGAUCCGCUGACUCUGUGAUUCUAUGAUUCUAUCCCAAUGUUGGAAAUGACCUAUAAGAUCAUCUAGCCCAACCGUCUUCUCA